AUUUAAAUUUAAAGGGGUUUUUUUUUUCUCUAAUUGGGCUCUCUCUCUCUCUCUCUCUCUCUCUCUCUAUAGGAGCUUCUGCAGCUGGUUUUGCAAAUCCGAGCUCGCCAUCGCUCUUCCCUCACCGACUCGCCUGAAGUAGCAGUUGCAUAAAAAAGAAUGGCAGCCUCAACCUCAGGUCCAAAGUCCCUCAAAGAAUAUUUGAAGCGGUAUGAAAGUACUGUGGAUCAAGAAAAGAUGAAGAAGAAGAAGAAAAAGAAGAAACCGAGAACAGAUGCUGCUGGGGUUUUAGUUGUGGAUGAAGAUCCAGUUUGGCAGAAGCCCGUAAAUCUCACAGAAGAAGAAAAUAGUGAUGAUUCAGCUGAUGAAGCAAAGCCCCAAAUUGAUGAAGACAUUGAAGUGAAGCGAAUGAGAAGGCUGGAGCUUCUCAAGUCCAGACGUCCUUAUCACUCAAUUUCUGAUGAUGGGAGUGGCUGGGUUUCACUUUCUUCAGAUUCCUCCAACUUAGUUAAUCAAAAUGCCGACAUGUCUCCACCUCGUUUAAGGUCUCGGAAUGACACACCUUCACCAGAACAUGGACUAGAGCCUUCGGGUCCUGCUGAUGCUGCUCUGUCACCACCACGUCGGAGACGGCAAGAUACUCCCUCACCUGGACCUGGUGCAGAACUUACGGAUUUAAAUGCAACAAAGUUUGAUAUGUCCCCUCCUCGUCGGAAGAGGGUGCGACAUGAUUCUCCCUCACCAGAACCUGGUCCUAAGCAGCCAUUUUCUGGCAAGGAAUAUACUGAUUUAUCUCCCCCUAGGCAGCAGCUGAGACGUAUGUCAUCACCUGAAAGAAUUUCUAAGUCUACGAGAUCCAUCAUAUCGGAUGUUGAUAUAUCUCCACCUCGUAGAAGGAGGGCUACAUCGGAUGCACCAUCAUCUGAGCCACAUGUGGAUGAUGCAGAUUUUGGUAGAAAAGACACUGAUUUAUCACCUCCAAGGCAACGUCGGCGACGUCAUAGCACUCCUCCCGAUCCUGAUUUACGAAGUUCACCCUCAGUUGGCCCUUAUUUUGAGGGUUCAGAUCUGGCACUGCCAAGGAAAAGCCGGAAGGGUGGUGGGAAGCAGUCAUCACCUGAUCAUCCUGCGGGUCGUCUAUCAGAGGAAAUUGAUGUUUCACUUCCUUCUGCUUCUGACCUUUCUCCACCGAGAAAAAGUAGGAAGAAUUUGUCUGGUUCUGCGGACACAAAAGAGGGAGCAACCGGACUAAUUUCUGGUAAAGACAUCAGCAAGGCCAUGGCUAAAAUUAAGAAGGACGAGUGGUUGAGGUUUAAUGCAUUGGAUGCUUCUGAAACUGGGAAAGGAGCUGAGGCUGUAUAUCGGGAUAAAUUGACAGGAAGACGCUUAUCAAAGGAGGAGGUCCUAAAGUCACAACAGAAAGUAGAAGAAAAGCCCAAGGAAAAGAAACUGGAGUGGGGCAAGGGUUUGGCACAAAAACGGGAAGCAGAAGAGAGGCUGCAGGAACUAGAAAGUGAAAAGGACAAACCAUUUGCUCGGACUAGAGACGAUCCAGAACUCGAUAAAAUGCUAAAGGACAGACUUAGAUGGGGAGAUCCCAUGGCACACUUAGUAAAGAAAAAACAUUUGGAGCCAGCGCUUGCCGAUUUUGGGGAUGAUGAGAAGAUGAAGGAAUCAGGAUUUGUAAUUCCUCAGGACAUUCCCAGUCACAGCUGGUUGAAAAGGGGAUUGGAAGCUGCUCCAAAUCGAUAUGGUAUAAGACCAGGAAGACACUGGGAUGGAGUCGAUCGUAGUACUGGUUAUGAGAAGGAACUAUUCAAAAGGACGAACGAGAAACGAGCAUCAGAGAGAGAGGCUUACCUAUGGUCUGUGUCGGAUAUGUGACUGUGUCCAGGCAAUAAGAUCCAAGGCUUCCUCAUCUUACACUGCGGCAUGAAGUGCGCCUGAAAUCAAGUAAAUGUGCACAUCGCUUUUGUUUUCGAGAUAAAAUUGGUGGGGAUGGUGCAUUGUUGUCUUUGGUGCACAAACGGUAGCUCCUCUUAUCUGUUUGAAAGUCUGACCUAAUGAAUUUGCUAAUUGCAAAAUACACCAGACUUGUGGAGUCCCCGGAGUUAUGUAAACCUGCAGAUUAUGCUAUUUUGUAGAUUGUCUUCUUUGCCAUUUUUCUGUUCCUUUUGUAGGGGGGAAGAUAAGAGAAACUUUUGGAGAAAAAGAGAGAAAUACACACUUUGUUUUGCCUUUA